CAGCGCCCCUCCAACCCUUUCGACUGAAGACAACGUUACAAAAGGGGCCGACCCCCAGAACCCGCUAAGCUUGGGUUUUCUCCGGACGUACUUCGUACGGCUGAAAUGCCGUGGACCCUGCCUCAUCAGAAUGGAUUGGGUACCCAAUUCCGACCUCUUCGUAGCCCCUAAUCGCAUUGAUGAAUUUGAUUGCGAGUUGGAUGUUAAAAAUGCAGGACAGUGUUGCAAGGUCGUUCAGAGCUACAGCGUGGUGAACGCUGCCGGCCAAGGCACGAUUGUUAAUAACGAGAUCAUGCUUUUGGAUGUACAGGAUUGGAACGAUUGGUUCACGUCUCAGGUAUUCGUCCCAGACGACGCGACAUUAACAUUAGCAAGUAUUCCACAAAAUGGAUUUUGUAUCCUUUUCAUCCCAAGAGCUGCGGACGCGGAACUCACCGAGUCUACGAUAGCAUCUGGAUUCACAGAUCUUCCUAUGAGUAAGGACCACUGGGAGAAGGUCGCAAACGCAUUUCACUUACCCGGACACUUUACAAAGGUCGCCACAAGACGGUUGACAUCCAUAAUCACGAUAUAUCGCACCUGCGAGUUCUCACAAGUUAGGGAGAAGCUCUGGAUGCACACGUUCACGAUCAAUCCGAAGAGCCAUCAGGCAUUCGCUGUGGCUGCCACACACUUCGAGUCAUGCCAGUUUACUUUUUCGAUCAUGGUUGGUUGCACUGACGACCAGAUUAACAACGUCAAACGGCUGGUUGCAGAUGACGCAGUCAGUAUUGGUCACGAUCGAUUUAGUUGGGAGCUCAUAAAAGAAGUUCGGUCGAUUCGAGAUGAGAGCAAGACAGUCGAAGAAGAAACCGAAACGACGAAACUUCAGCUGUCCAAAGCUAUUUUGCCGGGAAUUGCGACACUUUUGGCCCAAUAUACCAAUGAUGGUACCUCGAGAGGAGGUGAGAAUCUUGAUGCUAGACCUCCUGCUGCCGCUACGCCUGCUGCCACCACACCUGCUGCUACUACCGCUACUCCAACUCCUAUUGCCAUUAGACAAAAUCGCGAAACAUUUGUUGAAAUUACAAAUCUUUUCUCGGAACGAUUUAAUGAUAUCUUGUCCAGAUUUGACGGUCUGAGCGCAAAAUGCAGGAUAUAUGUAGAGGGAAUAUCAUUUACUACAGAUAUAAUCAGAAGCGAACUAGCGAGACAAGAAGCCAAUAUAAGCACGCAAAACACAAAAUUUGGGGCUGCAAUCUCCUUUGUAGCUUUGGUUUUUCUCCCCGCGACGGCCAUUGCUACCAUAUUUGCUAUGCCUAUAUUUGGAUGGACUAACGACUGGAUUGAUCUGUCCUUCCAUCCCAUCAAACAGGAUAAUACUUCGUCCUCUAAUUCAGGUUCCAACAAUGCCCCCAAGCUGCCCGUGGUUUCUGGAUACUUAUGGGUCUAUCUCAUCAUAGCAGUCGUUAUCACUUUGGUCACCUUGGGGAUUUUUCUUUGCUGCAUUCGUGACAUAAUAUGGCCUAAAAGCCCGGGCGGCGGAACUCGAAAUGCUGGCAAAGCUCCGGCAGCAAACCCACUAACACCUAUAACCACGACCACGAUCACGCAACCAAUCCAAACGCUGGUUUCCUCUACAACUAUUCGAUCACAAGCUAGCUCGACCGCUACAAGGAGCACCGGUGGUGGUGGUCAUACAGGACAUCAGACAGCAGUCCGACGGCGCAUUAUCCCGCCUGGACUUUCGGCUUCCACUUCCAACCUCGCAAACCCCCGCCAAGUUGUUGACGCGAUGCCAGCCCGUGCUUCAACAUUUGGAGUAUCUAGCACUGUGCGACCUGCAGACGGUAUGAGCGAAUUCCGGAGAGAAAAUGCAGCUCACGCCGAGGAUUCUCUUCCAUCUGGCAUUGUCUAGUUUUAUUUAUUACAAUACCGGCUGUGGUCAGGGCCGAACCCAGUUUUUGGGCUAUUCUCUCGGUAUCAGGUGAUACUUUUUAAUAACCUCUCAAAAGGUCUGUUUAGGAGAUCGGUACCUACUCCUCGGGAGAACAUCCGCCAGGGCUUUUAUUAGAGGAGUUUAUCGGCCUUAUAUCAAAUUAG